UGGAAAACAAACGUUACACAGACUUCGUGUUUGUUGACAUCAACACUUGGGAGCCCAACUCUGCAACAAAAAGCAAAAGGUUUUGGGGUCAGUGUGUUCUUCAUAGAGAGAGAGAGAGUGAGUGAGUGAGAGAGUUCAGAUCCAAUCUUUGGUUGGGAUCGUUUGAGUGACCGAAAUUCUUGAGACCCACCUCUUGUGUGUUUGUUUUCAUUCCUAGGAUAUUCCGAAGAUGGUCGCGAGAACCCCACCAAAGCAGAAGAAACUGUUGGCUGCUCUCAAUCCCGUUCUGAUUAAAGAAACACUCAACAAGGUGGAUCAGUGCGUGGCUCGGCUGCAGGAGCUUCAGUACACUGUAACUGGUGGAACCAAGGUGGUGUCAGGGGUGAGUCUCAGCCCUCGCAGCACCAGAGGUUAUCUCAGAACCAGUCUCAGGUGCAAGCAAGAAUCACUCAGGAUCAAGAAUGGUGCCACAAGGAAAUCUCCUGUGGGGAAGUUUCCAGCAAACACAGGCGAAUGGAAGAGAAUGUCACUGCCUGCAAUGCUUGUAGGAGAAACUGUUGGAGAAAUUCUGCAGGCAAGUCAGUUUGCCAGAGAAAUAGUCUCAGGAGUUGGUAAGAAAACUGCCUCAGAUGACCCAAAAACUCCAAUGUCUCAACGUAGAAACCACAAAGUAGAACCUGAAAGCACACAACUCAGGGCCAGAAGGAAGAAAGAGAAGCAAACCAAAGCACAGAAUGAUGGUUCCCCAUCACUUCAAAGGGCACGUUCCAGAAUCAACUUCAAGGUUUCUCCUCCUAAGGUCAGGGAAUUUGAUAAAGAAAGGUACAUGGCAAAUAGGGUGUCCCCAAGGAAUAGACCAUGGGCUAGAAAAACAGUACUUUUCCCCAACCCUUUGUUCCUUUCCACUCACUCUUCCUCACAGCAGCAACAAUUUUGCAAAACAAGGUCACCUAUCAUAUCAAGAAAUAGAGGAACAACAACAUCUCACAAGUUUUUUAUCAAGUCUCCAUCUUCACAGCAACAAAACUGCAAAACCAAAUCCCCUAUCAUGUCAAGAAGUAGAGGAGGAACACCACACAAGUUUUUGAUCAAGUCUCCAACUUCAACUUCCAAAUUUCAUGUCCAAAUCAAAAACCAACCAAGUGUGUCUAUUUCUUCACCCACAAGAGCUGCAAGGUUGAGCAGGAGUCCUCCCAAGAGAUCCACUUCCACUGCAGCUAAAUUCCGGCGAUCUUUCUCUCCUUCAAGAAUAGCAUCCAGAUUGGUUUCACUUUCGCCAUUGAGGACCAAGAAAACUGUACAGAAAAAUGAUGGGUUUGUGAGUGGAAUCAAACAGCGCCCAGCAGUGAAAUUCCCAGUUAGAGGAAUUUGAGAACAAAUCAAUAGUACUACAAUAACGCUCUCUGGCUACUAUAUUGUAGUUUUAAUGUCCAUAUUUGUGCUCUUGUGGUUUUUCCUUUUUUCGGGUUUCUGGUGGUGAGGAUUUCUCUUUAAUGUCUAUAGCAUUUUUCCCCAUUCAUUUCAUUCAAGGAAUCAUACAUUCAAUGCCAA